CAAGUACAAAAGAUAUCCAACCAGUCAGUCCUCUGUGACAGGGUUUUGAAGCCUCGAAGUCCAAGUUGAAGAAAAAUGGAAGGGAAUCCGAAUGGAGAAGAACCCACUUCAUGGGAAGAGCUUUACAACAUCAAUUUGAUGCCUUCUGAGAUUUUCCUAAAGUUCAGAAAACAAAUUCAGGGUUUCCGCGUCGGCGUUAACUUUGAGCUGUGUAAUGCUCCUAUAAACGACUACCAUGCAAAACUGGUAUUAAAGCCUUUAUCGUACGAGAGGAAAUGGAAGUUAAUAUACGAGCCCUUUUACCAGGAUGUGCAGCUCGUUUCCAAGAAAAUCCCCGUAACAAAGUUCCUUAAUCUACAGGUUGGAGUAGGGCAUAGCUUUCAGCUGCAUGCGACAGGUUGGAAAUGGAAGCUGACAACAUGUUUGGGCGGAGAUGGUAUUUCUAGGAUCCGUAAUAAAACAUCCCUCGGCUUGUGUCCCGGUGUCGAUUUCCGUUUUGGGUGGAGGGCCGAUUAUGUUCUCCCAGAAAUUAAUGGGGGUUUGGGGUCGGAAGAACCGUUGUUUAACAUGAAUUCCGGGCGCUUACAGGCAUCACUUGAUAGAGUCGAGGCCGUUUUUACACAUGGUGACGGAGAAUAGAAUAGUAAUUGGUACAUUUACUUGCUACUUUUAUUUAUUAGUUUAAAAAAAGUUGAAAGAUACGGUGAAUGGUUAACUCUUUCCUUGAAUUUGUUGGCGUAACUUCUUCUACACUUCGACUCUUAGGCUAUGUUUGAUUGUCGCUGAAUGACUUCUGAAUGGCAACCAUUGCUUAUUCAGUAUUAUUCAGUUCAGUGUUCAACACUUAAUCCGAACACUUAAUCCUCUUAA